CAGGUGGUCUGUUUGUAUUGAGAGUUCAAGAAGGGAAAGGGUGUGUUUGAGGCGCGGUGGCGAAGUUUUGUUUCCCAUGGUCAAUAAAGCACGGAGCUAUGUGUAAUAUGUUUGAAAGUCAUAUUUUAUGUGCUCACGACUCAUUAAUUGCCCCAUCGUGUCAUUGCCCUUCGACUCCCAAGAGUCCAAUCCGAGUUACUAAUUUUUCAUAUUUCGUUCGCCGGUGCCACAAAACCAGUCAUUUAUGGGCUCAUGCAUGUCGUGUAAGGCUGGGAAGGAAGCAUAUGCAUACACCACCUCUCCGGCUGCGCACAGGUUCCAGUCCUACUGCACUAUGGACGACGUGCUACCCAUCGCGGAAACCAAGAACGGAGUCACCGUCAGCGCCACCAAGCCGGGCUCGAAGCCGGAGACGGCGUACACUCGCGGCCAGGCCACGCUGUUCGGCUUCAAGAGGCGCCCGCUGCCCGCCGCCGCCAGCACACCCGCCGCUCCGCCGGACAACAGCGCGCCGCUCAGCAACGGCUCCUCCCAGGAAUCACUGACUGCUAUAAGUCCUAUCCAGUCUGGCAGAUCAACUCCUCGCUUGCCACGUCCGAAGAGGGAUAUUGACGGCAAUCAAACUGUAAGCAGUGGAUCCGCAUCACUGAGGCCAAACCGCUUUGGAUUCAGAGGGCCCUCUCUCACGAACAAGGUUGCAGACGUCAACCGUGACAUUCCCAUUGUAUCACCCAUCAGUACUAACAGCCAUACAACUAGCAGCAACAACAAUAACAACAACAAUAAUAACAGCAACAUUAAUAACAACAACAGUGGCACUGUUGAAACAGAUAGCCAAGGAAGUGAGAAACCUAGGUCCAAAGGAGGAGGGCGAAAUCCACAGUCUGGUAUACCGAGACCGAAGGAAGCAGUAAGCAGUAUACCAGUGCCUGACAGCAACAGACAAGUAAAGCGAUCAGCCAUUCCACAGCCAAAUAAUGCUACAUGUGCUACACGCUUCACUCUGCAGACAACUCUCUUACCAAAACCUCAGUACCCUGUCAGGCUGACGUCUGUGGAUGCCGAGGAAACGGAGUCCCUUGCUCCUUCAAAGAAUGCCAAGACGGCAGCCAAUAAGAAGAGAGCAGGUCGUAUGGGCUCUGGAUCCUCUGGCAGCCGAGAGGAUGGCUCUGAUUCAGGGAUUGGUAUAGGAAAUGGAGAUUCUGACACACUACAUGGCAUUGAGCAGCUGGAACGCAGUCCUAGUGCUGGUCUUCGCAGGAAAGCUCGUCACCUUGAAGUAGUCUUAGGCAACAACAAGAGCUUUGAUGUCAGAGAUAUAACAGACAAAGAUAAAGAUGAAGAAGAUGAUGGACAGACAGUUAUUACUGAAAUAUCAGUCAUCUCACUGCCCAAAACAAACUACCGUACAGCAUCUAACAAAAAGGCUGUUACUACCAGCGGGAUCAGGAGGCCGAUCAGAUAUCAGGGGUCAGGUAUACCAGCUUAUGGUAAUGUGGGCUGCAGAACAGCUGAUGAAAGUUCUAUUGCAACAAACAGUGUCUCCUCUCCAUCUUCAGAGGAACACCGAGAUGAUGAUAGCUGUAGUUUGGACACAGAGGAGGCAAAAGUAUUUGACGACAGGGCACAAAAUGAGAAGUCUGCUCGUGACCUGCUGAGUGUUGGUGGAGGCCCAGAGGAAGAUUUGUGGGGUCAUGGUGAGGCAAUGGCAGAGGGGUACAGUAGUUCAGAAGGGGGUGAUGAUUGCCCUGUGUCAAUAUCUGCCACUGAUAACACCAACAGUUCAGAUGAUCUGUCUGUCAGUCGCUUAGCUGCACGUCAUCACAACUUGCACCAUGCUAGGCCAGCAGGUUAUGAGCCAAACAAGCGCGUAACCAUCGAGGACACUUUAUUCGCUGCAAUAGCAGCGUCCUCUUCUGCAACACUAAUUGAGGAUGAGCGAAGCCCAGCUGAUAGUAUGAUAAGCAGUGGUUCAGCUAGUUCAGAGGCUUCAGAAGAUGUGUCAGAGUGUUUGGAUACACACAGCUUAGUACAGGAAUCAGAUCAUGUUGACUCUCAAGAAAAGGAUGCAGAUGGAUCACAGAAAAUAAUAGAACGGCCAAGUUCAGUAGCAGUGACAUCCCACCCCCAUUCUCGUGAAGUUGCAAGCCCCUUAAGUCCGGGAACACCUACCAAUGCUUCGAACUCUCUUUCACUGUCUGAAGGGCGAGAUUUUCUGAUUGAUGAUGAAAUUGCUGACCAACCUGGUCUGACAUUUGGUGGUAGUGGCACUGCUGGCAGUGCAGCUGUUGCGGACCUCACCUCCUCAUCAGCAGGUUGCAGUAGCCUCCUGCUGUCAGUCACGGAAAAUACUACCACACUGGUUGAUUCCAGUCCUCGACCAGCAGUCAGACAGCACAUUGCAUCUCUAUCAGCGGAGGGAAGUCCAGGUCUGAAACGAGGUCGCCGAUUAAGCAGGGCUGGGUCAGUUGACACACUAUCUCCCUGUGAGAGCAUUGCAUCAGAUGAUCUCAUGCUGGACUUUGAACAGAGCGAAGGGAGCACGUUUGACUGUACAGCAGAAAGCCGGCUUGAUGGAUCACUGGGUGGUCUCCAGUCCACUGGUGAUAAUGUGCAUGGGGAUUCUGAGGCGGACUCCUGCAAGUUAAACUCUAUUGGGGAAUGGUCAUCCGUGCUUAGAGCCAGCAUGAAGGAGGCUGCGUUGGUGGCGGGACGUCCAUCACGUGCCCUGAGAUCUCGUACAGGGAGCACACCGACACCAACUCCUGACUCGCCUAAGUCCUCUGUGGGGGCCAAGGCUAGUCCUCUCCGUCCUACCAGGCAGUCUUCUGCUUCGGCAUCUGGAUCGGACUGUGAAGAUGGUGGACUAUGGUUGGACCGACAUACGUACCAUUCUAUCUGCCAAGAUAUUGUCAAUCAUAAAACAAUGCUUUUGAAGUUGCUUCGACACCUGCAAAAGCCAAUUCAGAAUGAAGAGAACGGUUUGAUGAGGGCUGAAACUCUCAACCCAUUCGACACUCAAUUGAAGAAUGGUCUCUUCUAUAAUUUGGCAAGUACUGAUGGUCCUGUUGGUGAGAAUGAUGAAACAAAUCAAUCUCCCCAAGAGGAACUGGCUGAUUUGAGGCGGCAGGUGGUUUUCCUCCAGCAGCAGCUAGAAGAUAAAGAACGAACCAUCCAGCUGCUUCAGGUGCAGAUGACGAAGUACACGGACAAAGCACGUGAGAACAAUGUGCACACAGACCAGGCAGAAACUGUCAAUGCUGCCACACAGACUGAGAGAUUGAGACCUGUCUCUGCUGGGCCUUCGUUGCUGCAGUCCCUCCCAUCAGACUCUGCAAAUGGGCCAUUGGUCAGUUCGAGUGAAGUGUGGCUACGGAGAGCUUCGACUGCGACCCGGCUGCCAGCACCUUCACCUACCGUCGCAAGGUUACCGAAGCGUGGAACAGCUGCCACAGUGCAGUCAAACUCUGCCCAGCUCCCAGUUCAUAGCCACACACCGUCCUCUGGCAUCCCAACGAGAAGGCCUCAGCAGCUUCCUGUCGUGACUACAAAGACUAGCUGACAAAGAGCACAGUAACAACCUUCUACAAAUGUGCAAUAUUUUUCAAAGGUGCGCUAUUGACCCUCUCCACAUCCUUGAAAUGUGACUCCCCCAUUCUAGAAAUCCCCUGCCCACUGCAGCCCUACUUAUCCACUUCAGGAGAUAAAUCAUUUUAAUCCAGUUUUCUGUUUAAAACAAGCAGAUGCCAAAAAAUUAUACUUUCUCUAUUCUCCACCCUACUCAAUCCACUAAGAACAAAGAGUACACAGAUAUUUACCUGAUAUUAUGCAACCAGAAUGAUCUGUUUUUAAUUACCUAAGGACUCUAGUAGGCUUACUGAGAGAUAGUUUUGUAACUUUUGGGGAUACUUCUUAAAUAUUUGAUGACUUUAAUGCCACUGACAGUCGUAUCAUAUGUCUGUUGUUGCCACACAAAAGUAAUUUUGUUUACAUAUUUGGUUACACUCUUCAGAGUAGUACCAGGUUUGUUUCUAUCAGGUUCUAAUACUUGUGUGAAACGUUUAGGAGACUGAAGCUGUAAGUGGUGAAUAGUGGAAUACAUAAAAAAAGCAGCUAAGUUAGUUGAUAUCAAGAGUUGUUAAGUCUGUGUAACUGCAGAUGUCUUUCAUUGUAGCUGUGUUUGGCGCAGGUGGGUGAGGUGAGGUGUGUGUGUGAGAGAGAGAGAGAGAGAGAGAGAGAGAGAGAGAGAGAGAGAGAGAGAGAGAGAGAAUGAAUAUGGAUGUAACACAUUUCCUUUCUUUUAUCAAUAAAAUUGAUAGAAGAAGAAAAAAUGUCACCUUGAGAGUCUGUGCAAUGUCACCCAUUCAUCUGAAUUACUUACGUAGUACCAGUAGGAACUGUGGGCCUUCUAGGUCUAUUCAACCCGUAAAAGUGUAAUAGAUACACUGUCAUUCUGACUGUUUUAAUAUAUUACAAGAGACUUUGUGUGUUGUUUCUGUGUGUGUAGUAUACAGUACAGCCAUAUUGGUGCUUUCAGUUUUCAGUGCAGUUUGUUUGUGUCCCAACUUUACACAGUGUUCCACUGUACAUAUUAAAAAAAACAGGGUGUUCUUUCCAGCUGCUGAGACAUUCUGCACCCAAUGUGUGGCCUUCAUGUUCUUAAAAACAGUCAAACAUUAACUUGAUAUCUAAUGAUUCUUAUCUGAUGAAAACAUUAGGUGUGCAGAUUACCUGUAUAACAGAUCAUUUUGAACUGAUUAACAAGUAUUAAGAAAACUCAUACUAAAACACUCGUAUCAAUAAAACUAGACUUGUUACUCACUUGCCAGAGCAUACUGAAAGGAACAGAUAUUCUAGGAUGCUGUUGAUAAAUCCUCUUAUUUCAUAGCUUACACAACUACUUUUAUAGGAAAGCUCCCACAUGUCCAUGAGAGACAAAUUGCUUUGGUGGUAUAACUCUGUUGCUUUAAAAAAGUUGUAUAGUCUGGCAGGAAAUGGAGGAAUGUCAACACUGUGCAACUGAAUACCAAAUUCUUCCACGACAUCUUGUUUUACAAAUCAGUUCAUCAUUGUAGAAUCAAAAUGUAGGUUGGUGUUUAUUACAUUUUUGUUUUCACUCUACUAUUGCCUAAAGAAACUUGCAGUUUCUGAACAUUAUAUGAAAGAUUUUAAAUAUUCAGGCCUUUUAUGGAUCAGUUUCAUAUAACGAAAGUUCUGUAGAUAGUAAAAUUGAAACUUGUGUGUUGUAUAUAAUUAUUAAGGGUUAAUGGUUCACAAGUAAACAAAUACAUAAACAUGAAAUAAGCUGACUGUAUCCCACAUCACAAAGUACCCAUUGUACUCAUAGAUGAAAACGUGUAUUUCAUAUUUAUUCUCUGAUGAAACUAGACCUAAUAAAAUGUAAACUUAUUUGUCAAAAGGCAAGAAAGGUACUGAAACACAAUGAGAUGUUUGAUUUUUGUUUCCAUUGACUGUCAGUAACAACACAGCUGAUAUGACUCAGAUGUAAUAUAUUUUAAUAUGUAAAAUCAGUAAUCAUGUCUGCAGGUAGGGGGAUAAUUUCUUGUAUAACUAUCUUUCUAGUUGUGCAUCUGUAUGCAUAAGUACUGUGAUUACGGCUUUGCAGUAUUGUAAAUUUACAAUCAGAAACAUUCCUUAAAUGAAAAUUGUUUUUUUUGUCAUUGCUUUGUAAUAGUGUGUAAAUGAUCUCAUCAUUUAGUUAUAAUGUACUUAAAAAAAGCUUCAACGUUUGCCUUCCUGCAAAUUGUACGUGGAGCACAAAUGUAAAAAUUGUGAGAGCACAAGAUUUGACUGUGUUUUGUAAUGGGUGAUACACACCAGUAUUCAAUGAGGAAAGUGAUAUUAACAUACUUCCUGCUGUUGCUAGUGCCAGCAAAAUUAAGUAAACAGUAUAAUUUAAAAAUAUAGUCUUAAAUAUCAUGUUAGUAUCAUCUUUCAGUUCUCUGAGUUCAGUAUUUCAUAUUUAAAUUCAUUCUGGAAAAGCAGUUGACCAUUUCAGUGGUGCAGGUUUCAUUCUCAAUCUUAAUUUUAUAUAAAAAAAAAAAACUAGAGUGGUACCAUCCAGUGCAGAAAAGAUAUUGAAUACAAGUCAAUGCGUGUGUAAAAUUUGUUUUAUUGUAAAAUAAAGUUUUUUGAUUAUG